AUGGAUCGUAUUAAGGAGCGCAUGAACACCCUCCGUCUUGAGGCCGAUGACGCCCACGAGAAGAAUGAGGAGCUAGCCAGCAAGAUCAAGACCCUGGAGCAGGAGAGCCUGUCUAAGGAGCAGGAGAUCACAUCGCUCAACCACCGCAACUCCCUACUUGAGGAGGAGGUUGAGAAGUUGGAAAACUCCGUCAAGGAGGCUAAGGAUGCUGCCGGUGCCAGUGCCCAGCACGACACCCAGAACGAGGCCCUUCAGCGCCGCGUGCAGCUCCUCGAGGAGGAGGCUGAGGAGAACGAGAAGACCCUCCGGGAGACCAACGAGAAGCUCCGUCAGACCGACGUCAAGGCCGGCCACUAUGAGCGCAAGGUGCAGGCUCUCGAGACUGAGCGCGACCAGUGGGAGGCCAAGUACGAGGAGAUGUCCAAGAAGUACAGCACUCUGGAGCGGGAGUUGCAGGAGCUCGAGGUCUCUAUCAGCAACGUCUAA